CGCGUGCGUGUUUUUGUUGAUGCGAAGCUGGAUGGAUUAGAGGCAGGCUGCUAAUGGUUGACUUUAGGAAAAAAUCCGACCAUCCGAAGAAUUCGAAGAACCCAACCGACGGUUAGAUAAGUUUUCGAUUUGGGUUGGGUUAAAGAAAUUAAGAAUCGAUUAGUUCGGUUCAAGCAGACCGAACCGGUAUAUAUAUGUUAGGGUUUUGUAAUUAGGUUUUCUUAUUAUUUCUCUCACUUCACUGCCGCCUCUUCAGCAUUCGCCUCUGGAUCUCACGGCCUCCACCACCCGGUUCUCGAUCACUCUCUAGUCUCUCUCUUCUCUCAAAUCUCAAUCUCACCUCUCUCAGUCUCGCCCAAUCUUAUCUCUUCUCAAUCUCGAUCUCACCAUCUCUCACACUUACGAUUUAUUUCCGCCGUUGGCCGUUCCUGUUCGUUUCCCGUCCAUCUCCCAUCGCGGCUGUCCUUCCACCGUUGCUGCUGUUCCUCCACCGUCGCCGCUGUUCUUCAUGUAUAAACACAGCUACUCGGGUUCGGACCAGAAUUUGGGUCGACCAAUUUAGAGCGACCCUGUUAUUUUUACUCGCUCUUGGACUAGACUCGAGUCUCGCAAGGCAGCGGUGUGACCAUGGAAGCCGGAGGAGCGAAGGGAACGGUGACGUCUCUGUCCUCCUUGUUUCCCGCCGAGGAUGCACACAAGGCAGCGGCGCGUGUCCAAGAUACGCUUUCUGAGAAACAGAAGGAGCUUGACUGUCUCCGAGGUUUCAUCUCUGAUAACGCUAACCUGAUCAACCUCGUCCAGAAAUUACCUGAAGAGCUCUACCAUGAAGUUAUGGUUCCAUUUGGGAAGGCAGCGUUUUUCCCUGGGCGUUUGAUUCAUACCAACGAGUUUCUGGUUCUUCUUGGAGAAGGUUAUUAUGCUGAGAGAACAUCCAAACAAGCAGUCGAGAUCUUGAAAAGGAGAGGUAAAGCUUUGGAUUCUCAAGUUGAUUCUCUGAAGGCCAUGAUGGACGAUCUUAAAGCUGAGGCCUCAUUUUUUGAUGCUACUGCAUCUGAAGCUGCAGAGGGUCUGGUUGAGAUAAAAGAGGAGUAUGUGGAGGAAAACUCUAGUGAGCGGGAACCCGAAUCAGGAGUAAACAAGCAAGAUGUUCACAGUGUUCCUGAAGUUGAUAAAGCAAAAAUAACUGAAGAAGAUGAAGAGUAUGCCCGUAUAAUGGCCAGAUUGGAUGAGCUUGAGAAGGAAGAAGAACUUGCGGCUGGAAACGACAACCAAGGUGAUGAAGAAGAUGAGGAAGAAAAAGGAACUUCAAAUCAAUCUUUAGAGAAGUUUCAUGAUGAGGAACUCAGAUUUUCAAAGACGAGUACAUCGCCGUGGCAGAGGGAAAAAAACAUAGGUAGUGAAGAGCCACUGGGCAAGUAUCAGCAGCAAGAAGAAGCUUCUAACGAUCCAUCAAAUUGUACAGGUUUGUCAGUACAAUCUUUAGCCAGAGAAGACACAUUGCAUGGCAACAAUUCUUCGACUCAACGAGUGAGAAACCCUAGUUCUGCUGCAAAGUCUGUAACGUUUGCUGAAGCAAGAGAAAAGAAUCAAACGUUGCCUCCAUCUUCAAGUGAGGCUUUUACAGGAUCUAUUAUAGAGCGGCCUCCUAUUAUAUCCAAAACUUCUAAACAAGAAACAGAAACUCCACUGCAGAUGCCCUCGAGUUCUCAACCUUCAAAACCAGUAUCCAGAUUCAAGAUGCAAAGAAGAUAGCUAGCUGCACACUACAACAACAUACAUAAAAAAAGAAAUUGUUGUCAAAUGUUCUUGGUUUUAUAUGCUAGUUUGGGUAAAUUUUCGUUCGAGUUCUUUACAACUUUGAUCUGGUUCUCCAACUGUACCAAGAUAGAAAGGUAAGGAUAACUAGUGCCUUAGAUUGCAAAAGGCUGAAGGAUUGAUGAGCUGUCUCUGACUAACAGAUUAAAUUCAAGAUAUGGAACAAUUUUGAAGGAA